AUGUCGGUUUGCCCACUCCCCAUUCUCAAGUUAUUUUCAAUUUACAUCCGAAUGUAUUCUAAGCUCUAUCCAACAUCUCCAAAAUUUUACGGAACACAUCAGACAAAAGAACGGCUUUUGCAUUUGGUAACUUUAAUUUCUAGUCAGCUGAAACAACUGAAUCGAGGUGAAAAUGUCCCAAGGACGAGAAUGGUUUCAAAUUUAGCUGGAAAUGCUCGGAAGGACUUGAUUUUUGAAAUUUAUCUAAAUUUGAUAAGCUUCUAUAAAACUUCCGAUCGAAUGGUGUCUAUUGAAGGUUCACAAACAAAUUUGAAAUGUCUUCUAGUAUCUGCAAAAAUGCUGAGUUCAUUCUUCUUGGACGUCUUUACUAAAAUUCCUACAACUCACAUUGAAAGUGGGUUUGAUGAGUUUUACAUAUCACACAGCUUCACUCAAGAAGACGUGGCAAUAACUUCAACGUGGCGUAUGAUAAGCCAAGCUGCAAUCGGACAUCACGAGCAUCAUCUGGAAGUGAAAAGAGCAUGUCAGGAACAGAAGGCAUUUAGAGAAUCAUUUCUGAAAACGCAAACAGAUUUUGAUAUUGAUUUUGAAAAUGCUGAAGCUGAACAAGAAACACAACUUUUGUCGAUCGAAUAUGCUGUGCUCAUUAUACAAAAAUUAGAGAGAAAGUAUCAAGCAAUUUCUCGUAGAAACUAUGUCCGUUUUGUUAGAGAACGAGCAGCGGAGCUUCAUGGUCUGAAAGUCGAAAUAGAUGCGACGCAAGCGGCAAUUAGGAUUCAGGCGAGAACCCGUGGAUACUUUGCUCGAAAGUUGGUUCGAGAAAUGCGCGAAAAAGAGCUGAAUAUUCUGAAUAUGACUCCAGAAAGUUAUAUCCGAAAGAGAUGUGCAGAGAGGGAGCGGAAAAGGAAGGAAGGUCUUGCUGGUGGCGUUGGUGGAGGGGAAAUAAUUGAACAAAUUGAGGAGUUUAACACCGACUUAGCCGAAGCAUUGAAACUUCUAAAGACACAUUUCUUUUUCCCGACUUCCGAUCUUACUGAUAUAAAACCAUCUGCACUUCCGAUUGAUUUGAACAACCAGGAAACUAUAUUCAGAGAUGCUUGCUUCCGUGGAAUCGUAUCCCCACUUGCACAAAUUGAACUUUCAGAACUAACUUCCCAGAGGGAAAUAUGCAAAAUUGAAAAUCGGCAAUUUAAAUUUGAUUUCCGCUCAUUCCUUGUUCAAACCGUCUGUACUCCAUGUUCACUUGGCACGUGGCAAAAACAAAAGUCGAAAGAUCAGAAAAUGCAGUGGCUAUUGCUGUCAGGAGCUCCAGACUCGGGGAAGACUACGUGGGCGAGAGCAAUAUCGCGUGCAUGUCAUGUCACACACGUUCACAUUUCGAAAAAUGUCGUGAAUAUGGGAAAACGCAAAAUUUAUACGGUGGUUAAAAAGCUGGCAAAACAGGAAAAACGACUAUUGGUCAGUAUUGAUCGAAUUGACGUGAUGAAGAAGGAUCCCAAGCAUAAAGGGUACACACAUCGACAGAUACUUCUCCGAAACUUCCUAUCCGAUCUUUCGAAUAUAAAAUUUGUUAUGGUAAUUGGGAUGACAAGAGUUCCCCUGGACGACUUGGAUAGUUAUAUUUCUGAUUUAUUCCCUCUCCAAGCAACUCUCAGUAACCCAACCAACGCAACUAGAUACGAUCUUGCGGUAGAUUGCUUAAGUCGGAACUGGGAACAAGAACGGCUGCCAAAGUUUCCAAAUCGAAUUUUUGACAUCGAAAAGCAGACAAAAGAUCAAACAAGAGGAAAAGCGGCAAAGUUUGUGACAAAUCGAUGGAGUGCCGCGAAUAAUAAGACAACUUUAUCAUAAAGUUGAAAACAACAUUUUAAUCAUCUGGUUUUCUGGCACCAGUUUAGAUUAAUUCACUUAAAAUAUUCAAUGAAAUUAACUUUAUUCAAUAAAUUACUUAAAUUUAAAUAAAAUUACUUUAUUAUAA